AUGCUCACGCCGUGUCGGGCGUUGUGGGGUCCCGCCCAAGAGACACUGUGCCGGCGCCUUUUCUUGCGGUCCUGCUGUGCAUUGGGGCGGGGUUGGCGGCGUGUGAUCAUUCUGACAAGAGUCACUCUCCUCUUUGGUGCGGCGUGGUUCGCUGCCGCUGCGUUGGGUUCCACUGUGGUGUUCUGUCGUCCCCUCGAUACGCCGGAAUACCUCAUUCCGUACUACUUGCGCGAUGUCACCACCCGCUUCAAGCACUACGCAACACACUAUAAGCGCAAAGGUGGGCCCAAAUACAUGACUCUUGAGGACUUUGUGCAUGCAUUGUUGGCGUCGAAGAACAACGAGCCGUUGGAUCCAUAUGUAAUGGAGGGGAUGAGACAGCUCUUUACCGAGCUGGACGCAGACGGAAACGCAUAUCUUAGCCUCUCUGAGUUCUCGUUCCUCAUGUUGUUGUUGACAGCGAAAGCAGAUGAUAUACGAACGCUUUUUUCUAUUUUGGACAAGGACCGUGUCGGCUCACUGAGCCUUCACGAAUUCGCGGGUGUGUUGCAGGGUCUCGGCUGCAGCCCCAGUGAGGCAGAGUCGAUGACGCGCGGCAGCAGGAAUGGCAUCGUGCGACGGCUCUUCGGUGAGGAUGGAGAGCGGCAUUGCUCGUACGAUGAGGUUUUGGAAACAAUCGACGCCAUCAAUGAGGAAGUGUGGAAAGCCGAGUUCCGGCAAUUCGACACCGACCGCAAUGGCCAUAUCACUGCCGAGCAAUUUGGGAAGCUCAUCGCGAACCAAAUGAUUGGCAGUCAUGUUCCGUUCUAUAUUGUCGAGAACAUUCGCAAGAUGCGCGGCAGCGGGGAAACUAUGACUCUUGAACUGUGGAUCAGCUUUCAUCGCGUUAUGCGGCACGCGGAUGCGAUUGGGGAGGCCGUUGAAGUGUUCACAUCCUCUGGUCUCCUGUUGCGGAAGAAGGACUUCAACCGUGCGGUGAAGGCGGCAGGUGUGCCGCCCUUCACGGAGGUGGAGCUGGACCUCAUAAUGGCGCUCUUUGAUCGCAACGGGGAUGGUGUCCUGCAGUUUGACGAGUUUAUCUCAGUGAUGCAGCAAAAACUGACCUAUCACUACGACGGUAGGAGUAGAAAACGAGAUAAGAAGAACUUUCCAACUCGUUUCGUGGAGUGUGUCGGGGAGGUCUGGCCGAAAUAA